AUGUCCCUUCCAACUACCCAGAAUGACACGCGCCACUUUUCUGUAAUGCUUUUCUUUCUCUCUUUCUUUCUUUCUUUCUUUCUUUCUUUCUUUCUUUCUUUCUUUCUUUCUUUCUUUCUUAUUAGUUGUUUCGUUUUCUUUCUUUCUUUCUCUCUUUCUUUCUUUCUUUCUUUCUUUCUUUCUUUCUUAUUAGCUGUUUCGUUAAUCGGCAUUAUCACUAGCUUUUCUUUCUUUCUUUCUUUUCUCUCUUUCUUUCUUUCUUUCUUUCUUUCUUUCUUAUUAGCUGUUUCUCUUUAUCACUUUCCCAUUGUUUGUUUGUUUGUUUGCUUCUUUCUUUCUUUCUUUCCAAAAUUUUCUAUAUUUUUAUUCAUUCCUUUGAUUUUUCUCUCCCGCCCUUCUUUCUUUCUUUCUUUCUUUCUUUCUUUCUUUCUUUCUUUCUUAUUAGCUCUGUUUCGUAAACCAGCACUAUCACUAGCAUUUCUAUCGUUUUCUUUCAUUCAUUUUUCUUUCUUUCUCAGUCUGUUCAUUUCUUUCAUUUAUUUUUCCUUUUUCCUUUUUCAUUCGUUCUUUCUUUAUUUUAUGCUUUUUUAUUCGUUCAUUCUUUCUUUUUCUCUCUCUUUCUUUCUAUCGUUCUUUCUUUGUCUAUUUCUAUCUGAGUUUCUUUCUUUCUUUCUUUCUUUCUUUCUUUCUUUUGUUCACUCCUUGGAUCAUGUUCUCUAUAAUUCUAUUCCAUCCACUCUUUUUUUUAUUCAUUUAAUCCUCAUUUCAUUAUCUCGCUGCCUACCUAUCUAUCUUUUUGCUCAUUUGAUUAUCUAUCUAUCUAUCUAUCUAUCUAUCUAUCUAUCUAUCUAUCUAUCUAUCUAUCAUUUCACUAUCUCACUGUCUGUCUUUCUAUCAUUCUAUUUUUGGUCAUUUCAUUAUCGCACUGUCCGUCUUUCUAUCUUGGUAAUCUAUCUAUCUAUCUAUCUAUCUAUCUAUCUAUCUAUCUAUCUAUCAUUUCAUUAUCUAUCCAUCUCUCAAUCAUUUCAUCCUCUCACUGAUUGUCUGUCUAUCUUUCCCUGUUGGCCAUCUCAUUAUCUAUCUAUCUAUCUAUCUAGCAACCAUUAUAUAUAUAUAAUAAUCUCAUUCUGUUCCCAAUUUCUCUUUCGCCCUCUAUAUCAACUUGUUCCUAUCUAUCUAUCUAUCUAUCUAUCUAUCUAUCUAUCUAUCUAUCUAUCUAUCUAUCUAUCUUUCAGUCUUUUCAAUUCUAUCUUAAUCUAUCUAUCUAUCUAUCUAUCUAUCUAUCUAUCUAUCUAUCUAUCUAUCUAUCUGAUCAAUAUUAUAUAUUGUGUAUAUCUAUCUAUCUAUCUAUCUAUCUAUCUAUCUAUCUAUCUAUCUAUCUAUCUAUCUAUUUGCUUUGGACCUGUCCGGUGGUUCGGAUACUUAUUCUUUGCCUCCAGGGGGGUAAAAGUUAAUUAUUACGACUGGUAUGAUCUAUCUAUAUAUCUAUAUCCAUAUCCAUAUCUAUCUAUCUAUCUAUCUCUCUAUGUUCUUAUCCAUAUCUAUCUAUCUAUCUAUCUAUCUAUCUAUCUAUCUAUCUAUCUCUGUACAUAUCCAUAUCUAUCUAUGUUCAUAUCCGUAACUAUCUAUGUUCAUAUCCCUAUCUAUCUAUCUAUCUAUCUAUCUAUCUAUCUAUCUAUCUAUCUAUCUAUCUAUGUUCAUAUCCAUAUCUAUCUAUUUAUCUAUCUAUCUAUAUCUAUCUAUCUAUCUAUCUAUCUAUCUAUCUAUCUAUCUAUCUAUCUAUCUAUCUAUCUAUCUAUCUCUGAUCAUAUCCCUAUCUAUCUAUCUAUCUAUCUAUCUAUCUAUCUAUCUAUCUAUCUAUCUCUGAUCAUAUCCGUAUCUAUCUAUCUAUCUAUCUAUCUAUCUCUGAUCAUAUCCCUAUCUAUCUAUCUAUCUAUCUAUCUAUCUAUCUAUCUAUCUAUCUAUCUAUCUAUCUAUGCACAGUAUUCUAAGAUUUUCCUCGUGUCUCUAUCGUUAAGUCUUACAGCCGGUGUAUACCUCGGAAGCUUUCACCGGCCAGAUUUCUUACAGACAUCUAACUUCUUUCUUUCGAAUUUUUCACGAGAUACUUUUACUUAUUUAAUUUCUUCCAUCUUUUUUUUGUUUCUGUUCGUUUUUUUCUCUUGUUUUAAUUUUUCUGGAUUUUACUUUCUUUUGUUUUUGUUCUUUUCUUUCUUUCUUUCUUUCUUUCUUUUUUUCUUUGUUUUACUUGAUUUUGUAUUUGUUUUUGGUCAUUACUUGUAUAUUUCUCUGCUUUAUUUUUCUGAUCUUAUUUUUCUCCUGUUCUUUCUUUCUUUCUUUCUUUCUUUCUUUCUUUCUUUCUUUCUUGUCUUUCUUUCCUUCCUGUAUUUCUUUCUUUUUGAUUUCCUCUUGUUUCUUUCAUUUUGUCUUCUUUCUUUCUUCCCUUAUCUCCGUUUCCAUUCUUUCUUUCUCCUCUUCUUCCUUCGUCUCUGCUUUCAUUCUCCUCUCGUCUCUUUUGCUGUUUCUUUCUUUCUUUCUUUCUUUCUUUCUUUCUUUCUUUCUUUCUUUCUUUCUUUCUUUUGCUGUCUUUCGUGCUUUCUUUCUUUCUUUCUUUCUUUCUUUCUUUCUUUUGCUGUCUUUCGUGCAUUCUUUCUUUCUUUUACUUGA